UCCCCAUCUGUUCGGUUCGCACCCAAGUUUUCUUUCUUUCUCUUAUUGUACCAGAAAUCAAGAGAGAAGGUAUGGCGGAUCUAUCCAAUCAAGAGAACAAGCUGUUGAUACAUAGAUCUCGAGCAAAGAAACUCAAGCUGCUGCCAUCGUCAAAAGCAAGAAAUUGAAGUAGCUUCAGACGAAUUUGAAUGGAUUGAUGGUGUUGUUCAAUGCAAUUAUGAAGAUCUUGACAUGAGUUUUCUGGUAGAGGAUAAAUUAGAUAGAAGAUGGUGGAGAAUUGAUGGGAUCUGUUAAUGGUCGCUGUUAAGAAGAUGGGGGUUUGUAAAGGAUUGAAUAGAGACGCUCGGAGCUGUACAGAAUCUGGCAAUGACAAAUUAAUUGAAUCUGGCAGUUAGGUCUGGUGUUUCUGAAAUGGAUUGAUGACUAGAGGGAUUUGAACAACAAUCAGAAGUAAUAAGAGAUGUUGCUGGGAAAUUGAGAUGUGUAUGAGGAAAAAGAAGAGCAUGGAUAUGGAAUUUAAGUUGUCAUUGAUUUCUAGUGAUCUGGCUUCAACCAAUUAACGGCGGUCACAAUAAGAUUUUGGACCUUUUUUUUUCAAUUUGAUUUCUUCAUCUUCAAUUCCAAAUAUUCUGGCAUAGGGUUAUGUUGGUUGGGGUUAGAACUAACAGAGGGUUGUGUAAUUGGAGAUUAAUUGAGGAGAUUCUUCCAAAUCAAACAUGGCAAUGGCUAUGAUUAUUCUGCUUCGGAUUCGAUGCAUUUGAAAGUGAAUAUGAAACUGGGUGUAAUUGGGUUAUGUAAUCGGGUGGCUAUGAAUCAGUGGGGGUUAUGUUACCGGGUGUUUUCUGUUUCCGGUUUGAUAAACCGGAGAAGAUGAGAAUGUUUUAAGUAGUUGACUAAUUUUUCUUUUUUCUUUGCCACCUGUACAAAACUGCUGAUUCAGAUAACAAUGUUGGACGGAAAAUGUAACGAGUGGAGGUUUCACUAAUUUGAUCUCUCUAGGGGAGGUAACUCAAAUUAUCAUCUUCGCCAGGGGAGGUAACGCAAAUUAUCCCUUUUUACAUUAUUAUCAAUUCUUCUCGCGUUUUGUUUGACCGUGGUAAAGAGUUGGAAAUUAAGAAGGGGUUUUCUGAUUUUGUUGGGGAUUAUGUGUUCCGUUCUGUUACAAAUGAAUCUUGUUCUUUGGUUCCCAAUGUGUGUUUGAUUCCACUGGAUAAAUUUGAGAAGAAAUUUGUUUAUGAGAAUGUUUUAAAACAUGGGUAUCGACUCAAUUUGUUUUGUAUGGAAUCAAUUGCAUCUGUUUUGGUUAAGAAUGGUAAUACUGGUGAUGGGGGUAAUCUGUUUGGUAAAACGCUUCAGUUGAGUAUUGUACGUCUCAAGAGCAAAGAUGCUAUCAAUUACCAAAUGGCUAGUGUCAACUUUACUGGUGGAGUAAUUGAUCGUGUGAGAGAUAUUGAACUAAUGGGAAGGACUUUUGAUCGAGGGAAGUUUUUUAAAUGUAUCAAGAGGUAUUCUUAUCACAAUGCAAGCAGUUCUCAUUUUGGUAUUGGUAUACUUAUUUAUUGUGUGAUUUUUUUCCAAUGGAUUGAUGUUAAUGGGUAAAUUGGAUUAAGUAUUGAGUCUUCAAUUGAUUCCGAGGCUUCAUAAUCAAUCAGAUUUUGGGUUUUCAGAUUUGAUAAUCCAUUUGUGUAUUAAUGAGGCUGAAUUUCAUGAUGCUGUGAAGCUGUUUAUUCAAAUGCCAGACAGAAAUAGAGUUUUGAUAUCUUUACGGGCAUGGAGGGUUAUAAAGGGAGAGGCACAUGAACUACUUGUUAAGAUGUCCGAGGGUGUAGUUUGGUGUUUGAGCAGUGGCGGAGAUGAUUUUAUCUUGCAACAAAAAAUGGGUUAGUUAAGUUACGAUUUAGUAGUUGGUGAAUGUCCCUAUUUUAUAUUUGGUUCUACUCGUGGAGUAUUUGAUCGAGGAAAAGAGGUCGACCUUAUCAUCUGGAAUUCUUGUUUUGCUAAAUGUGUUCCAAAAUUUGAGUAUGACUUUUGUGGGUGUCUGAGAUGGGGGUAUAGUCAAGUGCUUGUUGAACAACUAGCUCUUAUAUAUAGGAAUCAACCCAAAGUUCUCAAGCUGUUGUUAAUGAAUUCACAUGUGUGGGUGUUUGUUGUAACUGAGGACUAUAGUGAUAGUGGUAAGAUGUUUAUGAAAGUGUCUCGGAAAGGUGGUACAAAGUUGUUUGAUCCAGGGCCUGGAGCAGUUUGAGAAGACUCUUUUGGGGUACAUCUGCAGUUCGAGUUGCUCAAUACUGUCGUACUUCAACUUACCUCAUUCAGAGUUCCAAGGAUUCAGUCUACUUCAUUUAAUUUUUUGGUUAUAAUAAUUCUGCAAGGGGUAUUUGAAUUGCAGCGGCAUGAUCUUUUUUAUCGUCUGUUGGUUUCUGUGAAUCGUGGUCUUUGAGAUGGGCGUUGUUAGGGACUAUUAUACACCAGCUAGGGGAAUACCUUUACAAGUGACCCCAGUUUUAAGCUCAGAAUUUGUUAAUGUCUUUGUAAGAAUAGUGGGAACUCAUUUCUUUCUCCUGGUGACUCAAAUUCCAGGUAUUCUGAGUUGGUGGAUUAUUUAAGGUGUACAUUUGAAUCACCUGCAUCGGGGAAUGUUGAGGGUCUGGCCAUUCACAAAGAGGAAAAGAAGGUUUGGUAUGUGGAAUUACUAAAGGGUAUAAUGGAUAGCUGAGAAGGUGUUGACGUGCUGUAUAUUAUGCCGAAGGACUUUACAUUUCUUGCAGUGAUUAUAUUCUCAAGAUUUGUGUUUUUCUUAUACCCUAUUUUCUCAUAUCUGGAGCCUACGAGAGUUUCUCAGUAGCAGUUUGGUAUUCCAGCUUGAUUGGUGUAACUGAAUGUGAUUCCACAAUUGAUAUGACAGUUCAAUUCUAAGUUUUGAGGUGUGACAAGAAAGGAACUUAUAGGGGAAAUGUGUUCUCCAAGGUUGAAGUCCAUAAUCAACUGGCAACUACUUUCCUGAGAUUAUCCAGUUGGCACUUAGCUGUUAAAAGUGUACCUCUCAGUGAGAGAAAUGAUACUUUUAUUUGGUUUGAUGGUCGUUUGCUGUUUGAUAGAGGAAAGCGGUUUGACUCCAAAUUAUGGUCGUCUCAUUCUAAAAGCUGGAACUGUCCAAGUACUUCACAGGUGGUGUAUACAACUACUCAAGUUUUCACUAAUCUGCCACCAGUACUCAAGUUGUGGGUACCUCAGAAGAGGGAAUUGGUUUCAAACCAUGAAGCUCAGGAUGUGAUCUAUAAAGGGUCUGCACCUAGUUCUCUUGUCGUGAAAGUCGUUGUUUUCUCCUCUCUUAGUGUAUGCCCUCAGAUGAGAUUGCUACGUGCUGAAGUUUGUGAGCUGUCACAAGCUACUUUAUGGAUUGCAGCCAAGUGUUCGGUUCUUAAUAAGCUUUUUGAAGUUCAAGGAGUGGAUAAUGUAUGUUCUGCGACUACCUACACCUACAUGCUCAAGACUAUUGUUAGCAGAGGCACUUAUGGUGGUAUUAGAUUGGCAGUUGAUGGACUUAAUGUUCUUACAGGGGAAUUAUACAACCUUAGGGAUAAGUGUUUACUUGUUGCGAUUCAAAUUCCUAAGGUGUUGGCAUGGCUUGAUUACGUGCAGUGGAAAUUCAAGUUACUUUCUACAGGUUGGUGGAGUGUAAAAAAUGAGAGUCUAGUGGAAAUUCAACUACCUAUUAUGAAGUUUUCUGAUGCUACAGUAGUUCAAAAAAAUAAUAGAGAGGAUUUGAUGGUGUUCAGCAACCUUUUCUCAGCAAGCUUACGGAGCAUGGAAAAGAGUUGUGGUACUAUAUGGCUUGGUGUUGAGCUACCUGGAGCACCUGGUUACAUGAGAAGUUGUCAUUUUCUGUUUGAUAGAGGGAAAAUUCUUGAGUGUACUCCAAGAUCCUCUCUCUCGAUAAUAGACCGUCGUUCACUUCCUCACAAUAUCCACAAUUCUGAGCAGCUUGAGGUUAACAUAUGGUUUGUAGCCAAAUGUUUCCUUCCUCGUCAGCUUGAGAGAGUUAAAGAAAUGGCUGAGAACCUAUAUCAUCUCAUUCAACUUGUGGAUAUAAACAGUAAACAGUUGGGUUCAUUAGAUGUGGUUGGACUUACUACAAGGCCUUGCAUCUCAGUUCUCCAUCCUUGAGGACAAGGAUGUUUUGGAGGGGAAGGUAUUGUCAUAUCCCUAGCCUAAGGGGAGGAUGCCCCGUAUCCAAUAUCGGCAUGUCAUUACUCUUUUGUGUUAAAAUGUAUUUAGUAGUAAUUAAUUAAGGUUAAUUAGUUUAAUUCGUUAAAUUAACGGUUAAUGUUAAUUGUAAUGGAUGUGUCGGAUGUGACCACCUGGGCUGUUGAAAGCCGUUGAUGCUAGGUUGGGAGGGGAUGUCUUUAUAAGUUGAAAGAGUCUGUAAGAAUAGUUUAUGAAAAUUAUUAAUCAAAUAGAACUUUGUUCUUUGGCUGUGUUCUUCAUUGAACCAGAUAA